AUGUCGACUUCUUCUUCGUUCCCUCGCACCAUCGUCUCCUACACUCUCUCAACUUCACUCUUCAUAGUCUUCUUCCUAUGCAGCGUCUUCCUCUUCACCAAACGCACUCUCGAACCCUCCCUCUCCCCUUUCCACGCCGACAUCCCUCUCCCCGAUCCACGUCCUCCCUCACUCCACCUCCCUCCAAUCGACCCACUCCCUUCCAAAGAUCUCAACGGAAAACCUCACGAUCCCGACGCUGAUACAAAUCAAAACCAGGAAGAAGCCGAUUCGCGCCGCGACGACGAUCCCGUCGCGGUAAACACUGACCUCAAAGCUGUUGAAGAAUCCAACGGCGUUGACCUCACCGCGAAACCUGAUCCGGAACUGGAAGAUGAAGGAGCCUCGCGCCGCAAGGAAGAGUCCGUUGAGGAGAACAAUGCCGAAUCUGCUGCGGAGAAGGCGGUUGUUGAGAAGUUGAGAGGCUGCGAUUUGUACACGGGAUCGUGGAUCAAAGAUGACGACGAGUAUCCACUCUAUCAGCCUGGAUCGUGUCCUUAUGUUGAUGAAGCUUUUGAUUGCCAGAGGAACGGGAGACGCGAUUCCGAUUAUCUCCAUUGGAGAUGGAAGCCUGACGGUUGCGAUCUUCCACGGUUUAACGCUACAGAUUUUUUAGUGAAGCUACGAGGUAAGAGUUUGAUGUUGGUUGGGGACUCAAUGAACCGUAACCAAUUUGAGUCAAUGCUUUGCGUUCUUCGAGAGGGUUUAUCUGAUAAGAGUAAGAUGUACGAGGUUCAUGGCCACAAUAUUACUAAAGGAAGAGGCUACUUUGUGUUCAAGUUUGAAGAUUACAACUGUACAGUAGAGUUUGUGAGGUCACAUUUUCUUGUGAGGGAAGGAGUUAGAGCUAAUGCUCAGGGAAAUACUAAUCCUACUCUUUCGAUUGAUCGGAUUGACAAGUCAAAUGGUCGAUGGAAGCGAGCCAAUAUUCUUGUCUUCAACACUGGACAUUGGUGGGUUCAUGGAAAGACAGCUAGAGGGAAAAACUACUACAAAGAAGGUGACUACAUCUACCCCAAGUUUGAUGCGACUGAAGCAUACAGAAGGGCGUUGAAGACUUGGGCUAAAUGGAUCGAUCAAAAUGUGAAUCCCCAAAAGCAGCUCGUAUUUUACCGCGGAUACUCAUCGGCACAUUUUCGGGGAGGUGAGUGGGACUCAGGAGGGUCAUGCAAUGGGGAGAAGGAACCAGUAAAGAAAGGUUCGAUCCUCGAUUCCUAUCCUCUGAAAAUGAAGAUAGUAGAGGAAGCCAUUAAGGAGAUGCAAGUUCCAGUGAUUCUCCUAAACGUCACAAAGCUGACUAAUUUCCGCAAAGAUGGACAUCCUUCAAUCUACGGUAAGAUCAAUAUGGAUGGUAAAAAAGUGUCAUCAAGGAAACAGGAUUGCAGCCACUGGUGUCUUCCUGGAGUUCCUGAUGUUUGGAACCAUCUUAUCUACGUGUCUUUGCUCCUUCAAGCACAUUCCUAAUACAUAGUCGAGCUUAUACUUUUGCCAAAUUAGAGAUAUGAAGAGAGGAGUAGAAACACAGUUGAUCUUCACUGUUUUGUUAGAAUCUUCACUGUUAAGUUAGUGACAAUCUUCCUUUUUGAUGGCAAACAUGUUUCUCUUAAUACUCAAAUCAGCAAACAGAAUCUAGAAAUUGUAUUAAAUAGUUGGAACUAAAACAAAAUUGAAAGAAAACCAAGCAAAGGAAUCCAACAAGUAACUCAACAUUCCCCUUUUCAUGGAGACACUUUCUUCUUCAUAUUCUUGAUUGACUUGACUCCCCUACGUGUGUUGGGUUUCACUUUCUUCUUUGUUUUCCUACUCGGAGACUCCCUCACUGGACCAGCCGGGAUUCCUUUCUUCAGAGCACUUCCUCUCGGUGUAGCAGACGGAGGCAACCUCAAGUCCUGUGGAGGUAGAGGGCAAUGAGGCUUCCACACAAGAUUGUUCUUCAUUGCGAAUCUUACUCUCUUUGAGCUCUUCUCACUGCUCGGACCAGGUAAGCUCCUCUCUGCUGCAUCUCUGUUAACAGUAGUAGUACCUUGCUCUACAACCCCUUUGUUCUCUCUUUUCCUCUUCUUGGACAUCUUUUUGGGUACUGAAACAGGUUCUGCUUCUUCACAGACACUUGCAACCUCAUCUCUCACUGGUCCCAUCUCCGAUGCAAUCUUCUCAAACUCCUGACGAAGAUCCGAUAUCAUAGUCUCGUCAACAGACUCAUCUUUCUCACCAUGAUUGACAACAACAACAUCAUCAGCAUCCUUCUUCUUAGACUUUGAACAUUUCUUCAAACUCUUCUUCUUCUUCUUCUUCGAAGACCCAUUUGCAACAAUCUCAGGCACUUCUCCUCCAAUCACACCAGUCAUAGGAACCAGCUCAGGCACUUCCUCAUCGUCACGAGUCCCUUCAGUGAUGGAAACCACAACACCAGAACUCAACAUAUCCUUCUCCAACUGCAAAAAAUCUUGAUGAAGAGAAAAAAUCACUUUCCUAUUCCCCUGAUGACAAUCAGGAGAAGAACCAAUCUCAUAAAACCUCUUCCCAAACUCCAUAGACAAACCAAUAGACCCCAAAACCACAACAUCAUCAUCCUCAGACACACCAUCACCACCCCCAUCUUUCCUAACAUCCACCAACCUCCUCCCCAUCUUCACAAACUCAUCAAAAACAUUACUCUUAAUCUUCCCAACCAAAACCUUAUCACUAACAACCCCAAUAACCAUCACAAACGGCCCAAACAGAACCUCCAAAACCUCCUUCCUCACCGGAAGAAACCCCCUAACCUCCUCAACGAAAACCGACGCAACAUGAUAGUUAACACCAUUCCCAUUAAACUUGUCCCCAGCAAGAAACGUCCCAUCGAACAAAACACCAACCAACCGUCUCGUCAAAUCCAAAUCCCACGAGCUCCCACUCAUCACACCAAACCACCCGCGCAAGAACCUGCGUAUCAAGAGGUAGAACUUAUCUAACCUCAGCCUAUCGAUGCGUGACCACUCACGUCGCAUGGUGAACAGAAACACGGUGAAGUAGUGGACAGCGAGAGGGAGAGGGAGGGAGUGUAGAGCAGAGGAGAGACUGUCGAUUAGGUCGGAUUGGUAGACAGACUUGUCUGCGUGCCACAUGCAGUAGAAGAUGCCUUGCCAUAGCUUCUUCAUGUCUUCGUCGGGGACUGAGGUUUGUUCGGGGAGCCAUGUGUGGAGGAGGGUGCGGAGGGAACGGUCUCGGAUUGUUUGCUUGCAGGAGGCGAGUUUCUUUAUGAGGGAUUUGCAGGUUUCUUCUGGUGGGGAUGGUUGUUGUUGUUGUUGUGGCUCUGAGAUUUGCUUCCGUUUCACCAUUGUUUUCGAGUUUGUUGCGGAGGGAGGAAGAAGGGAUGUGACGGCAGCUUCUUUCUAGGGGAGAAGAAAGAGGCGUAUGAACUAUGAAGGAAGCGUUAGGGUUUUAAGUUUUGUUUCCUUUGUUCUUUGUUUACAUUUUAGUCCCUUAUCUUUAUAUUAACUUUUGAUUACAU